GCUAAAAUCGAUUUUCUAACCCCAUGAAUAUGAAUUGUUUCGUAUGAAGGAGAAUGAGAAAAUCGAUGAGAUGUUUGAACGAUUCUCCAAAAUCGUCAAUGAUCUCCAUGCUCUCAAGAAGACAUACACAAACAAGGAGCUUGUGAGAAAAAUCCUGCGAAGUCUCACACCGGAAUGGCGCUCCAAAGCCGAUGCCAUCCAAGAGUCCAUCGGCAUCACCAACAUCACCAUCGACGGGCUUAGGGGUAACCUCAAAACCUAUGAGUCUACCAUCCUUUUCCCCUCUUUAGGUGAACAAAAGAAGAAGGGGAUUGCACUCAAGGCUUCCUCGAGCCAAGAACCCGCCAUGGAGGAAUCAAGCGAUGAAGACAACGAGUUCGGGCUCGUUAUCAAGAAAUUCCACAAGUUCAUGCGAAAAGAGUAUGAACGAAAGGGCAAGAAACAUGGAGGACCACCCAAAUGCUAUGGGUGUGGAGAAAUCGGGCAUAUCAAGCCAAAAUGCCCAAAUGCCAAAAACGAGAAGGAGAAGAAACCAUUCAAGAAGCACCGAGCUUACAUCUCGUGGGGAGGUGAUUCCGGCGACGAGUCAUCGGAAGGUGAAGAAAAUGAAAGCGCCAACCUUUGCCUCAUGGCACACGAGGAACCACCGGAAGAGGUAUGUACCACUUCUAAAGAUUCCUACACCUUUGAUGAUGUUCAAGAAGCCUUUAAUGAACUUUAUGAUGAAUAUGUCAACGCUUCUAAAAUUAACAAGGAUUUGAAGAAACAACUUACUUCCAUGGAGAAGGAAGUUGAUAAGCUAUCAAAAGAUAAUGAAAAACUUAAAGAAGAAAAUAAGUUUUUUGGAAAAAGAAGCGCCGACAAACCGGAAAGUUCAAAAUGUAGUUCUUAUUCAUUGGAAAACAUUUAUCUCAAUGACAAUGACGAAGGAAACAACUCUAAGGAAGACCAAGCCGAAGAAGUAGAGCCACCUAUGAACGAGGAACAACCACAAGAGGAAGAAACGCCAAUGCCUAGGGCAUGGAGGACUUCAAAGGACCAUCCUCUUGACAAGGUAAUCGGUGACAUCAACCGAAAGAAUGGAGAUAGCUUGCCGAUGAAGAAGAUAGGCGAUACACUCAUACCGAAGGACGAGGAUGAAUAUGGCGAAGCCGAUUUUAAGAAGGCUCAAUGGAAUGCCACCGCCAUCAACUUCUUGUAUUCUGAUGUCAAUGCCAACGAUUAUCAAAAGAUAUCUCAUUGCCAAACCGCCAACCAAAUGUGGAACAAGCUCAUGAUCACAUACGAAGGUACGCCUCAAGUUCAUGAAUCAAAAAUUGAUUUACUAACCCAUGAAUAUGAGUUAUUUGCUAUGAAAGAGAACGAGCUUGUGGAGGACAUGUUUGGAAGCUUUUCAAACAUUAUCAACGACCUCGAUAUGCUUGGAAAGACUUUCACCGACAAGGAGUUAGUGAGGAAAAUUCUACGAAGUCUUACCAAGGAAUGGGAGUCGAAGGUUAACUCCAUUUACGAAGGCCGAGAUUACAACAUCAUCACAUACGACGGUCUUCGAGGUAACCUUAUCACUUACGAAACAAAUCAUCUUUCUCAUACUCUUGAUGUUAAGAAGAGAACGGGAAUUGCUUUUAAAGCAUCCUCUUCUCAAAAAGUAGAGAUUGGUGAUUCGGAUUCGGAUAGUGAUAGUGAUAGUGAUUCUAUCACUUCUUGUGAUAUUUUGGUUGAAUGUUUUAAUGAUUUUAUGAAACAUGAGCUUAAUAAGAGCAAUUGGAAAAACACCCCAAAAUGUCAGAAGUGCGGAAAGCUUGGCCACCGAAAAUUUGAGUGCCCGAAGCUCAAGAAAAUGAGCAAACAAGAUGAAUUCACAUACUUUUCGUGGAAGUAUGAUGAACCUUCCAAGGACGAUUGUCUCAUCGCUCUUGAAAAACAAGAUGGGUGGUCGGGUACGUGACGCACAUGGAAGGGGUAUAACAUACUCCCCUUCUUCAAAAAAAGUUUGUCCUCAAACUUUCGCACCACCGUGGGAGAUUGAUGGUUUCAUAAAAGUAUUCCCGGAUCAAAUGGGAAACUUAAUGAACCACCAAUAUUGAA